AUGAACCCGAGUCUCUCUGACAGCAAAUUCGAAAAGGCUAUGAGCAAAUUGCAGUUGUUGGAAGAUUCUCGCACCAUCCUACACCGCAUGCUCCAGCAUGCGCACUUCUCGUUUAGCAACGCCCAAAGACAAAUGGACCGCACCGGAUUACUUUUGGCGUGGGAAGCUGUUCCAACAGCAGCUGGUGCCGUAAAGCCUCAAUAUUGCAUUGUUCGUGAGAUGAAAGACGGUGGCAACGGCGGUGAUGCCGGUGUGGGCGCUGCCGCAAUUAGCGACGACAAUGUCGACUGUGCAGUGUGGAAGCUAGUUAACUGCGGAGACAGCGCAGGAGAAGAUCCUGCCAAAUGGUUUGCAGUUGCCCCAUCAGAGGCACUGAGGGAGUGCCAGCAGCACUUUAGGGGUGUGGUUAAUGCCUGUGUAAAGGUCAUUCAGGCUCAGGAGGAAGCGAUAACGGCAGCCGCUACAGUUCCAGUAACUUAG